AUGUCCGCCAGUCUCGCUACACCUGUCGAGAUUGCCCCCGCACCUGCCAAACCUUGGCUCAGCUUCUGGCGCAUCGCCACACCCACCUACCUGUCGGCCAUCCGCUGCCCACACCUCCAGCAACCGCUGAAGGACCUCGACCGCCAUGUGAGCGGGGGCGGAGCCACGGGAGGGGGUCUGUGUCCGCGGUGUUUCAUCACCUUCCGGGACCUGCAGACCAGCCUGCAGCACAUGCGCCUGCAGCACCCCGCUCUCUACGAUGGUGAGAUGGUUAAACAGAUGAGCAUGUGGUUGCCCGACGGUGGGAAAAAAAGCCAUAUCUCUUCCCCCCCCCCCCCACCCCUCUCCUCCCUGCAGUGUCCGCGGUGUUUCAUCACCUUCCGGGACCUGCAGACCAGCCUGCAGCACAUGCGCCUGCAGCACCCCGCUCUCUACAAGCGCCGGCUGCGGGCCCGCACCGUCUUCGCCUGCCGCCGCUGCGAACGCACCUUCCCCUCCUCCCGCCAGCUCUCCACCCACCAGCGAGCCCACCGCCAGGGCCGGGAAGCAGGCCGGGAGGAGGGGGAGGGGCAAGAGGAAGAACGCCAAGAUGCCCAGCCCACAUCGCCCUCCCUGCUUCCCCUUCCUGACCGGCACAAGUGCCCACACUGCAACUUCCUCUUCAGAGAUGCUAAGACCAAAAUGCGCCACAUGAACGUCAAGGACCCCACAGGCUGCCCCCUGCCCCCUCCACUGUUCUUCUCUACAGGAGACGAGGAGAGGGAGGAGGAGGAGGAAGUGGUGAUGGCGGUGCAGGUUAAAGAGGAGGAUGAGGGUGAGGUAAAGCAUGAGGAAGACGAUUUCUCCACAGCUCUCCGUCACCGUGGCAACCUGAAUCCAGCCUCACUGCAUCAGGGCGAGGGCAAGGAGGGCGUGGUCAAGGUGCCAAUCAAGCCUGAUGCAGGAGACGUGAGAACGAAAGAGGAGACGAUAGAGGGAGUCUGCGAGUGCGCCCUCUGCGGGAAGGGGUUCGAGCAGCUGCUCGCCGCGGCCGGGCAAAGGCGCCGUGGCCGGCGCAGGGAGCACUCUGCCCCCCCGGGGGCCCGGGGCCACGCCUGCGGGCACUGCAGGCAGCUGUGUCACAGCCAGGAGGCGCUGCGGCAGCACCAGAGGCUGCACACGCUGGAGCGGCCCUACCUCUGCCAGGUAAAGGUGUGGCUGCUCUGCAGGGGAAAGCUGUGGCUGCUCUGCAGGGAAAGAUGUGGCUGCUCUGUCGGGAAAGAUGUGGCUGCUCUGCAGGUAAAGGUGUGGCUGCUCUGCAGGGGGAACUGUGGCUGCUCUGCAGGUAAAGGUGUGGCUGCUCUGCAGGGGGAACUGUGGCUGCUCUGCAGGUAAAGGUGUGGCUGCUCUGCAGGGAAAAGCUGUGACUGCUCUGCAGGGGAAACUGUGGCUGCUCUGAUGGGGAAACUGUGGCUGCUCUGAUGGGGAAACUGUGGCUGCUUCGCUGUGUUGCGACUCUGUUUGUUUAGCAAAUGUCUGGUUUUCUGUCUGGAGGCUGCCCCAUUUGUUCUGUGGCUUCUGUAUUCUGAGGGAGCCAACUGUGUAAAAAAUUUUUUAUUUCUGAAUAGUAAUUCGGCCAUGGUGGUGUCAGCCAUAAUUUUAAACUUGCACUCUCCAAACAAAUUUGUUUACCGCACCUUCAUAUCUAGUUAAGGGCAAUACAUUUUGUGUUACUAACAGUCUGUGUUAAAAAGUUUCCGUUUGU